AUGAACUCUUGUUUACCAACAUCAUCAUCAUCACCAAUCCGUAAACUUUUUUCGGAUGUAUCUAAUAAAAAAUUUCAAACAAAUAAUAUUAUCGAUGAUGAUCGUCGAUGGAAAUCACUUUGUGGUGCACCAGUUAUAACAAUUGAAAAUGAUGAGAAUGAAAAUGAUGCAUGGACUGAAUGUCGAGAAUUAUUUGAACCCAAUCGAUCUCAUAUGCUUAAUCCAUCAUCAAUAAAUAAUUCGAAUUAUUUACUUCGUCAUAGUAGUGCUAAUACAAGUUUAAAUGAAUCAUCAACACUUGAUGCAUUAACAGGAAAUAUUUGUACAACUAUUGAUGAUAAUCAUGAUGAUAUUCUAUCAAUUAUUGAACAAGCUGGUAUUACUUUCGAAGCAUUAACUGGAUCAUCAUCAUCAGGUGAUUUACUUGCUAGUACAAGUGGUUAUCAUUCAUAUGAACCAUCGCCAUUUAAUCAACGAUUGAAAUGCUCAUCAAUACUUGAUCCAUCUGCAACUGAAUUUAAUAUGGACAAUGAAACAGAUUUUGUAUCCAACUAUCAAUCGACAAUGAAUCGAUCAAGUAUCGAUCAAUCUCAUCGUGGUUCAUCUCGAACAAGUAAUCAAACAUCAUCCAGAUUUCCUACUUCAUAUGAAUAUAAAUUUGGUGGUUAUGGUCGUGGUUUGAAUGAAUUUCUUGAGCCAAAUGGUAUCGCAUAUUUAUCUGAUGGUACUCUUUCAGUUGUUGAUACAAAUUCAAGUCAAGUCAAACUAUUUGAUCCUAUUCGACGAGAAUGUGUAUUAAAAUUUGGUCAAGCUGGAACACGACCUGGUGCAUUACUUUAUCCAUAUCGUGUUGCUAUUUUACCAGGACAUGAUUUACUUGUUAUGGUUCAACGUUCACCACGACCAAUGAUACAAAUAUUUGAUCGAAAUGGCCAAUUUAUUCGUCGUUUCGGUAAUGAUCUUGAAAGUCCACGAGCUAUUUGUAUUGAUCAACAAGGUCGAAUUAUUAUUAUUGAAUCAAAAAUAAUGAAAGUACAUAUUUAUGAUGCAUCAUCAGGUCGUCUAUGGGGACAAUGUGAUUUACGCGAUCAUUUGAGUUUUCCGACAAGUGUCUGUGUCAAUGAUCGACAUGAACUCUAUGUUAGCGAUAAUGAAUCACAUUUUGUUCGAGUAUUUGAUUAUACUGGUAAACAUUUGAAAAAUAUUGGAGCUGGUAUUACUUAUCCAAUAGCAUGUCGAAUUAAUCAACCACGACGUGAACUUAUUGUUGUAGAUAACCAUGAAAAUUUCAAUAUAUCAACAUAUGAUUAUGAUGGAAAUAAAAAAUAUUCGCAUUAUUCACUUAUGAAACAUUCUCAAUGUUUCGAUGUUGCAGUUGGAUUUAAUGAUGAAUUAGCAAUGGCAUCAAAAGAUUAUAAAGUUUAUGUAUAUAAAUUGGGUGAAGGAUUAGAAUCGGCAAAUACUCAUUCUUAUUAA